UUGGUGACGUAAUAUGUGGGCUGAACUUGAGUCUCCUGAGAAAGAGAGGGAAUCACUAUUCAAGGGUACUGUAUAUACAAUCUGGGUCAGCUGCAGCUGGUUUUACUGCAUUUCUCCAUGUGGCAGGCAGAGCAAAGCCACAAUGCUUUCUCUGCUGGAUUAAAGACAGCCCGCAGACCAGGAACUUCCACUCUACUACUUAAAAUUACAUAGGUGGCUUGUCAAAUUCAAUUGAUUAGUGCUGUAAGAAGAAAAAGAAGCUCCUUAUUACAGCUUGGAUUCAACGGUCCAAAACAAAAAUGCAGUUGCCAUUAAAGUCACAGACGAACAAACGUCUACACUGAUUUUUAAAAGCAAGAGUAAGAGCAGCAAGUUUCUGGGCUUGCUUUAUCAACAGAUGCAAAAAGAUAGCAUACAACCUCAUUUCAAAAUGAAGGCUUUUAUCUGGACCCUAAGUGUGCUAUUCUUCCUACUAAUGGGCAUUGGACAUUGCAGAGGAGGACAGUUCAAAAUUAAAAAAAUAACCCAGAGGAGAUACCCUCGCGCCACAGAUGGUAAAGAGGAAGCAAAGAAAUGUUCAUACACAUUUCUGGUACCUGAACAAAAAAUAACAGGGCCAAUAUGUGUCAAUACCAAAGGGCAAGAUGCAGGUACCAUUAAAGACAUGAUCACCAGGAUGGAUCUUGAGAACCUGAAGGACGUGCUCUCCAAGCAGAAGCGGGAGAUAGAUGUCCUGCAGUUGGUGGUGGAUGUGGAUGGAAACAUUGUCAAUGAGGUAAAGCUGCUGAGGAAAGAAAGCCGUAACAUGAACUCCCGUGUUACUCAGCUCUAUAUGCAACUACUGCAUGAGAUUAUCCGAAAGAGGGAUAAUUCACUUGAACUUUCCCAGUUGGAAAAUAAAAUCCUCAAUGUCACCACAGAAAUGUUGAAGAUGGCAACAAGGUACAGGGAACUGGAGGUGAAAUAUGCUUCCUUGACUGAUCUGGUCAAUAACCAGUCUGUGAUGAUCACUUUGUUGGAAGAACAGUGCUUGAGGAUCUUUUCUCGACAGGACCCCCAUGUGUCUCCUCCUCUCGUCCAGGUCGUGCCUCAGCAUAUUCCUAACAGUCAUCAGUACACUCCCGGUCUGCUGGGAGGCAAUGAGAUACAGAGGGAUCCAGGCUAUCCCAGAGGUUUAAUGCCACCGCCUGAUCUGGUAACUUCUCCCACCAAAAGCCCCCUCAAGAUACCACCGGUCACUUUCAUCAAUGAAGGACCAUACAAAGAUUGUCAGCACGCAAAAGACGCUGGACAUUCAGUCAGUGGGAUUUAUAUGAUCAAACCUGAAAACAGCAAAGUACCAAUGCAACUAUGGUGUGAGAACAGUUUGGAUCCUGGAGGUUGGACUGUUAUUCAGAAAAGAACAGAUGGCUCUGUCAACUUCUUCAGAAACUGGGAAAAUUAUAAGAAAGGAUUUGGAAACAUUGAUGGAGAAUAUUGGCUUGGACUGGAAAAUAUCUAUUUGCUUAGCAAUCAAGAUAAUUAUAAGUUAUUGAUUGAAUUAGAAGACUGGAGUGACAAAAAAGUCUAUGCAGAAUAUAGCAGUUUCCGCCUGGAACCAGAAAGUGAAUUCUAUAGAUUGCGUCUGGGGACUUACCAGGGGAAUGCUGGGGAUUCCAUGAUGUGGCAUAAUGGUAAACAGUUCACCACUCUGGACAGAGAUAAAGAUAUGUAUGCAGGAAACUGCGCCCACUUCCAUAAAGGAGGAUGGUGGUACAAUGCCUGUGCACACUCUAAUCUCAACGGAGUCUGGUACAGAGGAGGCCAUUACAGAAGCAAGUACCAAGAUGGGAUAUUUUGGGCCGAAUACCGAGGUGGCUCAUACUCCUUGAGAGCAGUUCAGAUGCUGAUCAAGCCUAUUGACUGAAGAGACGCAGUCUCCAAUUUAAAUGACACAGAACUCUAUUUUUCAGUUCCUAAAAAUGUAAAUGUUACACGUAUAUUAUUUUGCACAAUUCAUUUCUACAGAUAUAGUUUUUUAAGUGAAUUUUUACUGUAACUAUAAAAGGGGAUUUAUGAAUAUAGAUUCAUCUUCCCUUAAUAUACUGUAGAAGAUUAUCUAUAAUCCAAGUUAUUUUAAAAAUAUUAUUGACUGAAUACAGGCGAAGUUUGUUUUCUAAAAUGUAAAUUAUUUGUCACAACAUAAAAGAAAUUUUAGCUUUAUUUUAAAUCAAAAUUCAAUACAUGUCAAGAUCCUUAACAAUUUAUUUAAAGCCUUUAUGAGAAUGCUGUAACUUCCAAUGGAAAAAUAAUUUUAAGAUUUCAGCAACAUCAUACAUUUUAUUUAUAAAAAAUAGACAGGAAAUUAGAAAAAACUCUAGUUUUGCCAACAAUUUGCAUUGAAUAAAAGUUAUUUCAAAUUGAGUUUAUGCCUUUCACAUGAAAUGAUUAAAUUUGAAUUCUUGACAAUAUAUUUUAUGUCAAUUUCAAAAAGAAUUAAGAAAUCCACAAGAUACCUAUUUUUAAAUACAAAAACAGUGUAUACAGUAUUUAAAUGGCCAAUUUUUAGAAACAGAUAUAUAUAAAUGAAUUUUUCAAUGUUACCUUCAUAUGAAUACCAAAAUUUCCUAAAAUCUACUUUAUAUUUUUAUAUCAGUAAAACAUUGAUAUUACAAAUGUGCAGAAUAUUUGGUGAGUCAAUGGUUUUACAGAACUGAAGUACAACUCUAAGCUUAUUUAUUAAUAUUUUUCCCUCCCUAAUUUACUGAUCUUAACUAUUUAGAAAAAGUUUAUCUGAUAGUCAAAUCAGAAAGUUUGGACAGCUUUACAAGCAUUACUGCAUACUUAUGGGUGGGACUAAAACAACUUCAAUGAGCUGUUAGAUAUUUUUCCAAUACUGAGAUUCAACAGUUUCAAAAUGGAAUCCACAGGGGUUUCACUAGUCCAAUGGCUAAUUCCAGUGUGUGUGUGUCUUUAGCUCAUCUUUGCAAUUAACAACUUUACUACCAAUCUUCUAGAACAAUUAUCUUCUAAAUAUAUGUUCUGCUUAGAGCAGAUCUUUCCUUAACUCAUUUGUGAACUAAAAAUUUUAGAGGAAUCUCUUGGGACUUUUGCUCAACCAGUCAGAACUGAAGAUAAUUAUCUGCACAACUUUAGUCCAUCAACAUCAAGUCCAAAGUUUCUGCUCUGCCACAUCUCAAAACUUCUGGUGAAAGAAGGUAAGAAAACAUCAAACCUAUAGUGAUGUUAUUUUCUGCUUUAUCUAUGGUCAUUUUGGAAUAGUUUUCAAGUCCCUC